UCUCAGCAGCAUCAUCAGCAGCUAGAGUGUGAAGCUUCGUUCGAGUGCGGACGCCAUUGUUUAUUUUCCUUAACCGAGCUGAAAAAUUCGUUCCCUCCGGUUUGGUCCGGAAAGCGUAAUAGUGCGUUACGAAGUGACUUGGUGGUGCUAAGUGCGGAAGUGUUAAAGUUUGUUGGAUUAUCAACGCUUCCGAAGAUUGAAAAAUCGAAACUGCUUCUUCAGCCGACACAAGAAGAGCGGCGAGUGGGGGUCCAUGUAAAAACGCAAAUUUCGCGGCUUGAACAUUGUGUCACAGUGAAGUAGAGUGUAGUCAAAAGAAACUGUACAGUGAAAAUUGUUGGAUUUUCAAUGAAUAAACUAAUCAAAACGUGUCGAAUGCGGAAGAUUUCAAUCGGUAACGCGUAGUGAAAUACGAAAUAGAACUCGGUGCGAUUGAAUUAGCUCAGUAGAACGAAAAAUUUCAAUUUUUCACUUGCCUCGGCAUGACAGCCAACUCGGAAACGGCUGGUGGUACCGAACUGGUACCAGCUUGUGUCAAGAAUAAUGCUAUCCUUCGAUGGAAACGCGUAACUAAUCCGAGUGGACCACAACCGCGGCCUCGCCAUGGUCAUCGUGCUGUCAACAUUAAAGAAUUAAUGGUUGUUUUCGGUGGCGGCAAUGAAGGCAUUGUUGAUGAACUACAUGUCUACAACACAGCUACCAACCAAUGGUACGUACCGGCCACCAAAGGAGAUGUUCCACCAGGCUGCGCAGCUUACGGUUUCGUUGUUGACGGAACUCGAAUACUUGUGUUUGGAGGUAUGGUUGAAUAUGGCAAGUACUCGAACGAGUUGUAUGAGCUGCAGGCAACUAAAUGGGAGUGGAAGAAGCUUAAGCCCAAACCUCCAGAGUCGGGAUCACCACCCUGCCGUCGUCUGGGACACAGCUUUACAUUGGUCGGAGACAAGAUUUAUCUCUUCGGUGGUCUUGCCAAUGAGAGUGACGAUCCAAAAAAUAAUAUUCCAAAAUAUUUGAACGAUUUGUACAUUUUGGAAAUAAAAAACAAUCAAUUGCAAUGGGAGAUUCCGACGACGUUCGGUGAAAGCCCUCCGCCACGUGAAUCACACACGGCCGUAUCUUGGUAUGACAAGAAACUUAAAAAGUAUUGGUUGGUCAUCUAUGGUGGCAUGUCCGGUUGCCGACUGGGUGACCUGUGGCUUUUGGAUACUGAUACAAUGUCCUGGACACGACCAAGGACAAGUGGUCCGCUGCCGCUGCCCCGGUCGCUUCAUAGCUCCACUCUGAUCGGAAACCGAAUGUACGUGUUCGGUGGUUGGGUUCCGCUGGUCAUGGAAGACGUUAAGGUGGAAAAGCAUGAAAAGGAAUGGAAGUGUACUAAUACUCUUGCUUGUUUGAAUCUCGAAACAAUGACCUGGGAGGAGUUGGAUCUGGACAUUGAGGAAGAUAACAUGCCCCGAGCUCGAGCCGGGCACUGCGCAGUGGGCAUCCAUACGAGACUCUACAUCUGGUCCGGGCGCGACGGCUACAGAAAGGCCUGGAACAACCAGGUCAGGGUUUGUUGCAAAGAUCUCUGGUAUCUAGAGGUUGAGCGGCCCGCUGCAGCCUCACGCGUACAACUGGUGCGUGCUUCUACCCAUUCUCUUGAGUUAUGCUGGCCAUCGGUUCCGUCGGCGGCUCAGUACAUUCUUGAGAUCCAGAAAAUUCCUCAACCUCCGCCGCCACCACCAGCAACUCCUACGCCGACUCCGGUGCCGAACAUUACGCCAACUGCUGCAGCUUCUCCUGCUCUAACUUCUCCAGUAUCGACUGCAGCAGGAUCGAUGUCACCAGCUGGACUCACUGCCGGAGAGCCAUUGCUCCAGCAGCCACUAAUCAAAGGUCUUCCAGGGCGCGCUGCUGCAUCACCGAUUGCAGUUUCACAGUCACCUGUUGCGGUACAAGUGGCUUCACCACUUGCGGUUGCUGCCUCCGGUAGUCCCAACAUUCACGGGACAAUCGGAAGCCCGAUACACAAUCCGGCAGCUGGUAUGCAAUCCCCCACACCAAUCGCAGUUGCAGCCGUUCCCUCGUCGCCCGUGCACAGCGUGACAUCACCAACGGUACAGCGUAUCGUAACUAAGGUGCAGGCGGCCAAACCGAUGCAACAGCAGCAACAAACGAAAGUGCUGACAUCGUCUGGUAUUUUGCAGCAGCAACCGACACAGAUUAUUCAAACCCAAGUUCAAGCAGCUCCAAACCUGCAGCAGCAGCAACUUCAAUCGCAGCAAAUCACUCAAAUCACUCAGCAGCCGCAAACAAUUCGUGUAGUCAGUGGAACAGCCAUAUCGAAUGCACAACAAAUCACAACUGGAGGAACACCGAUUCGCGUACUUUCGUCGACCGGUCAACAGGUGCGCAUUGCUACCCAACAGACUGGUGGUCAACUGGUGAAUGUGAGUACAGCAACCGGACAACAAACUGCGACAGUACUUCGCGGUCAAAAUAUUGUUACAGCAGGCACUCAUCUUCAAGCUCAGCAACGCAUUGUUAGCGCUCCGGGUUCGACCACAACAACAGCCACCAUCGGUGGAAAACAAAUCAUCCUCCAGAAGCCGCUGACAAUUGUUGGUGGAGCUGGUGGUCAAGCGACAGGAACGAUCAACACUGCUGGCGGCAUGACUGUGAAUCAGCCCCAGAUUGUGACGCUUGUAAAGACCAGUCAGGGUAUGACCGUUCAAACGUUACCCAAGAUGAACGUACUUCAGAAAGGAACAUCAGUUGCUGGAACCAUUCAGCAGCAGCAGCAGAUUGUCACCUCUAAUAUUAUUGGUGGAAGUGGUACAAUUCAGCAAGCCACGGUAGGGGGCCAGAAAACAGCCGUAAUCGGUGGAAAUGUGGUUAAAUUGAUGUCUUCAACUGGAACGAUAGGCGGUAAACAAAUUCUGAUGAAAAAUCCAAACAUCGUUCAAGUGGGCAAGGUUGCCACAAACGUUGCCGGUAAACCAACGCUGGUCAUCACAAAUAAGGCGGGUCAGCAGAUUCGAAGCAACCAGCAGGUGAUUGUCAUGACGUCCCCGCAGGGCAUAAGAACGGUGGGUGGUGCUAUUACUUCGUCUGCCAAUAACUACGUAACGUUGUCGACGUCGCAAGUCAUGAACACGAUUACAACCUCCCGUGCUACUAACAUUGGUGGAGCAACCAUACUGCAGGCAACAGGUGCUGGAACUGCGGGUGGCACUACUGCCAACAUUGGAGGUCAAGCGAUUAAACUGCGUGCCGUACAGGGUGGUAAACCAAUAACCUUCACCGUACCCGUCGGUGGUCUUCAGGCUGCUGGUCAAAAAAUCAGCGGAACGCAGAUCAUCAACAUGCCGCAGAAGGCACUGACGAUCGGUGGAAAGGCGGUAACUGUUCAGUUGGCACCAUCAGCAGGUGGUCAGAAAACGGUAACCAUUGUGCCAUCUUCAGCCGGACAGGGUGCUGGCGGAAUCGCAACGGCCGGUGGUCCAGGACAGCAAAAGAUUGUAAUGCUGCCAUCAAAAACGACUACAAGAAUCGUUACACAGCAGCAGUAUCAACAGAUUCAACUGCAACAGCAGCAAGCGCAACUACAACAACAGCAACAACAACAGCAGCAACAAGAGCAAGUGUCUACUGAUGCGGCUUUCGCUGCUCUGGCCGCCGAAGCUGGCCUUAUCGAAAACGAUGGCGAUCAAAUCGACCAGAUGGACGGUUGUUUCGAUUUAUUGCAGGGCGACGAAGCAAUGGAAACGGAUCAAAAAGACAUCAGCAGACAAAUUGUUUGGCCAACUAUGGACCAACUCGAUGGUUGCGGUAACGAUUUUCUGUCAUCCGACGGUGAGGAUGAAGACGUUGAUAUGAGUGAUGUACCGUUAAGGGGGACGCCGCGAUACGUUCGAUUAGGUUUGUUUGGCGGUGCUGCUGCGUUUGAAAAUCAAAAUCCUACCGGCGAAACCCAGGACGAUGAGCAGGAUCCAUUGACCCAGGAGGCUGAUCCAGCAGCGGCGGUUUCAGGUGCUGCAAAUGCAACCGAAGCAGCCGAUGAAGCGGAUCCACAGCACGAUACCUGUGGGGAUGAACCCGCGGAUCAAAACCCAGAAGAGCCAACUGAAUCUGCGGAUCCUCAACAACCAUCAGCAAGUGAAGAGGGUGGUACCAUGGCAAGACAGGAUCAAGAUACCCAGCAACAUCAACAAUCUGCAGAUGAUGAUGCAGCUAAUGAAAGUGGAACCACUGAGCAGCCAGCUGAUCCUGCAGAUGCAAAUGAGAGUACCACAAAUGCAGCAACCACUGAUGCUGAAGAUGUGUCCAUGCAGGAUGCCUCUGCUGGUGAGACCGAUGAACAGAAGGAACCAGCAGCUGCGGAUAAUGUUUCGUUGAGCGGUAGUGCCACAGCAAAUCAACAAAACGAAUCAUCUUCGUAUAAUGCUCCAGCAAAUACUGGCGAUGACAGCUUAUCACAGUCUCAGUUAAACAAUUCUGGUACGACAACAUCCGGAAUAACACAGCUGCACCAGGAUGCAAUCGAUAGUAGCGCCACCAGUAACUUACCAAUGGUAGUCAGUGUAAACAGCGCCCCGACAGCUUCGGAAACCGAAGCAGCUAACAUCCUCACCACUAUCAAGAGCGGUGAGUUGUUGUCGUUGCAAAAUACCGAUUUACUAGCAGCCGCAGGAUCCGGUGGAGAUAACAUCAUUCAGCUAAACUCUGGAUUACUACAGUCCAGUGGCACUAUCGAGGGUUUUUCGCGGUCCUUAUCGAAUGACACACAGACGAUCACGUUUAAGACCACGUCUGCUAGUAGUGAACUAACGCAAGUCGCUGCAACCGACGGAAGUCAGUUCGUAACGUCGCAGGCUUCCAGUGGUGCCAUGGUUAAAUCGGAAGACUCGUCUGCCAGUGCCGGUGGUCAUUUGGACGCUUUGGCCGAAGCAGCAGCAUCCGCUACGUCAGUUCCAUCCGAUAUACUGAGCACAACUGCGUCGAAUACGGCAGCAAGUGUAGCGAGAGCGCCUUUAACUAUUGCCGUAGCUUCACCACAACAGCCACAAGCCUCAACCACAACGAUUAAGUAUUUCGAUGCAAAUUCAAAACAGUUCACGCUGUCUUCGCCGCUGCUCCAAUCGCCAGUCAAUCCUCCAGCGAAUAUUCUGAGCAACAGCAACGGAAACGGUAUGGCUGGGGUAACCGGCACCGCUGUUCCGACUGUGGUAACCACGAUUCAGGGCAGUACUGUAACCGCCGCGGGUAAAAAUACAACAAUCGCCAAGUCCGUGCGACCCAGCGUCAAAACGAAAGAAGAAAAAGACGAUCCUAAAAUCAAAAUCAAAGAUGAAUCAGAAAAGUGGUACACGGUCGGUAUUUUCAAGGGACUCUCCCACACCGUAUCCAACUAUGUUGACUUUGACGAGUGGAAUUGUCUCUAUGAUGGCGAUACUCUGACCGCUGACAACCUACCCGAUCUGACCAAGUUUAAGCGAAUUAACCUGGAACCGGGAUGCGCCUAUCGCUUCCGCGUGGCUGCCAUUAACAGUUGUGGCCGGGGUGAGUGGAGCGACGUCGCACCGUUCAAAACAUGUCUGCCUGGGUUCCCGGGGGCACCGUCAGCUAUCAAAAUCUCGAAAUCGCCGGAAGGGGCUCAUCUCUCGUGGGAACCGCCACCAUCGACGACGGGAGAUAUUCUCGAAUACUCGGUUUAUCUAGCGGUCAAGUCACAGAAUGCAAAAGACAAAGCCAACCAAUCUGCGCAACUCGCAUUCGUGCGGGUUUACUGUGGCCCCAACAACCAGUGUACCGUUCCCAACCAGUCACUAUCGACGGCGCACGUCGAUUACACCUCCAAGCCGGCGAUUAUUUUCCGUAUUGCGGCCCGCAAUGACAAGGGCUACGGACCAGCAACGCAAGUGAGGUGGUUACAAGAUCCACAAUCAGCUAAGGGAGCACCAGCCGCUGGAACUGGUAGCGGUUCGUCGGCAUCGGGUACGAAAAGGCUCAAUGAGAAAGGUCCCUCGACAGUAGCGAAACGGACAAAAACCGGAGCCAAUUCGUCGAUGAUUGUUUCACCCACUGCAUAAAACUAACAGGACAAAAUUCUGAACAUUUUGUAUAAAGCCAACCCCUGAAGUAGUUGAUGAGUGUAAAAUUUUCACAAUUCACUUAUGGAUCUCCCCGUGGUUUGGUGUGCCGGUUGAAGAAAUCGUAAUGAGUGUAUAAUACUUUGCUAGAGUGUGAUGUUCCAGACCACGGGGAGAAUUUAAGCAAAGAAAUCAUGGAGUACGUAAAAUCCCAUACACAAUAAGCGCGAUGUUCUGCGACUUUUAGGUAUCGCUAGAAUACUGAACAAGGGUCAUUCGAACUUCUAUCGCAGCAGUAGAGGAGUAUAUGAUAUAAGCUAUUAACCAGUUUUAAGACAAGAGAAAUUCAAUAUCUAGAUAAUCGUAAUGCUCUAGUGACUAGCGUGAAGUAAACCUCAAUUUACGAAGUUUUUUCCUUCAUUUUUUUAUGAUUGAUUAAAGCAGAAAUUGCUGAAAUAUUAUGAAUAUAUAGCGUAAAUUAGCAACGUUAGAAUGAAACACUGCAGGAAGCGUUUUAUGUUCAGGAGGUGCAUCAAGACAAACGAGUGGUGUUUGGUACAGCAGGAUUACCAAUAUAUAAACUUAUUCAAAACGAAACUCGUGAGGGUUGAACAGUGUGCAUUAAUAUACACGUAAAUUCGAAACACAGACGCAAUUGUACUAUUUUGCAAAAACAAAUUCGAAGUGAAAUGAAAUUCCGUUUCCCCCCAUAAUGAAUUGCUCCAAGAGAAAGAAACACCACCGAAUGAAAAAAAGUUUAACCAAUUUCUACUGAAAUUAUCGAAUGCAUCUAAAUAAUGGCUUUCCGGAUUCUGCACCGAACUGCGAGAGUAUCUCUCGGCAGAUGUAAAAAUGCAACACCGAAAUCCCCCCUAAGUUUCCUAUUAUUUUGCCUGUGCAGAUUUUUUAAUUUUGAUUUUCGUUCAACAGUAAUUUAAGGCAAGGUUUUAACUAUCGAUAAGCAGUUUAUACAAGGAAGCCAAUUUAAUCAGAGAGACGAAAUAAUCUGAGAACUAUGAUUAAAACUCUUUCUAAAAAGGAAUUCAGAAUUCUAGAUCUAUCGACAAAACGGAAGGUGCAACCAGGAGUGACCCUUCUAUCAAGCAUAACAAAAUUAAGUGUGGAAAAUUUAAAAAAAAAUAUAAAUAACUAAAACGAUCGUAUGAUUACGUACAUAUAACUGUUGUGAUUUCCUAAUUAAACCACGAUUUGAGUUUGAUAGUGUAAGAUAUCAUCCCAUUCUUUUCAUUCUUUAUUUGCUCGGGUAGUCUAAUAUAGAAGGCUAACGCUUUGAAUAUUAAUUCAUUAGAGAAGAAGAUAAAAACAAACACUAUUGAAUAAACGAGAAGCCACUUUUUCGUUCUUUUGGGAAAAGUACUAGAAUAAAGCAAAAGUAUUUGUUAACAGUGAACACAAACGAGAGUGAGCAUCUUGAUAAGCUUCGAAUGCCCCUAAUUUACAAUAUAUUUGUACUACACGAACUACAAGAGAUGUUUGCUGAU